CAAUCAGCAUUGUUGGAACAUUUUCAUUUGGGUGCAAAUGGCGACUUAUAUAUUAAGAUGAAGUUUGUCACUGUGGAAAUUUUCGUAAGAUUGCUGGAGUGUGAGGCGUGCCAGACAGCAAAGUGAGACACGCGGAGUGAGUUUCUUGCCAUAAUGGUGUGUAAGGAUGAGGUGUGUUUGUGGUUUAAGGACAAUGAGCCACACCGCCGCCUCGAGUUGCUGUGUGGCCUGCUAAACAUGUGUUUACCAAUGGAGCUAAGGUUUAUUAGCACAUGUGUAGAAGACCUCGGCAAGAGGGAUUUCUAUGACCUCAGGGAAGCAGAAUACAAGGCCAACAACAUACAGGAAAUAACCCGGUUAUCCAAUUUGUUAGACGAAAGGACGCGUAGCAAUGUGAUAGUGUAUGUUGCCUUGCUAAGCUCCAGGAAUCAUACGUGUUCCACUCUACUGUACCAGAUCCUGGCCGAGGCUCAACAAACGCCCCUACCCACUGAUGUCAACUAUAUCAAGGAGAUGCUGCUGAUAUACACCAUGGUCCUGCAUCACCCAGCCUUUACGUUUGAGCAGAAGAGAGUCAUAGCAGACCUUCACUCCAGGACUUGCAGAGCAGAGACCCAACUGUGCCAGCAGCGGAGCUCAGAAACCGAGCUCAUGGAUGCUCUCUCUCAGACUUGUAGUCCUGUUGCUGAGAGUUGCAGUCUCUGCAUUAAAACAAAGAUGCCAGUAAAGGGCUGUGACAGUGGUUUGAGUGUGGGCACAGAACCAGAGGGAGAUGCUCUCUUAGACGGCUGUGGACUCCUGCCUACCCCUGGCUCGCAGCUUCACCACCAUUACCAUCACCAUUCCCACAGUUUACCAUCAGCGACUAAUAGUAAGUGGAGCGGCACUUGCAUAGGAGGUGGGGGGGAGAACCAUGAAUACAGUACUGGUGGCCAUGGUGUGUCUCAGACAACAGGAGACAGUGGAGGAAGUCAGGAUGCUUGUAGCAGUGGUAGUGGUGAAUCUAGUGAAUUGUACAAUGAGAGUGGAACCGUGUCUACAACAUAUAUCUAUAACUCCAGCAUAUUUGAUCAGCAAGGUCUAGCAGUUGCACUGACAAUGGCACCAAGCUACCCAUGUAAUCACCCUGGUAACUUCCACUACUACCAAUACCCUCAGAUGGUGGGAACUGUGCCUGGCUGUGUGCCAAGUGGGAAAAGAUCAAAUUCUGAGGGCUCAAGCAGUGAGGAAGGAGGUGGUUUAGCUACUCAUAAUGGACCACCAGCUUCCAAUUCUCCUCUAAGCUCCCCACAGUCCUCCCCUUAUGUCUCCCCUCUACAGUCACUUAGUCCUAGUCGUGCCUCAUCUCCAUUAUCUCGACCUACCACAACUACUACAACCACAACCACCACAACAGCAGCUAAUCUUCCACUCACCAUUACAUCCUCAACCACAACAGCAUCUGCCUGUGUCAUAUCAACUCAUUCAAGCCCUCAACUUGCCCAUAAGCAUUCUGUUACUACUCAGACUGUUACAGCAACUACUCAAGCUGGUAUCAGUCAUACUAGUACACACCCUGGGACCACUUCAUCAGGACAGACCCAUCGGGGGAAACCACCAUCUUCUGGCGGUCGGUCCCAGAGACAAUCAGACCGGUCAGGAUCACGGACUAGAUUACCGGGAGGUUCAGCAGGUGAUGUUGAAGCAACUGUUGGGAAUCACAACAGUCCAUCAGGAGCUCGUGGUGUGAUCCAAACUUCUCUCUCUUUUUCCAACACUACUAAUCACACAAAGAGUUCUCGAUGGCCUGGAAAUUGUCCAGCAAUUGCUUCAUCUACUUCUUCUUCAUCCAGCUGUGCAGCUCCUACAGGUAGCAUCAAAAAUGUCACCAGACAAAACAGUCAGAGUCCCAGCCCGAUGUCAGGCACAACCACUACCUGUAGAAUUGGAGUGACGGCAACUGUCACUGCAAGUUCUUCCGCAUGUAAAACUACCAGUAUCAGUAGCCACGUGGUUAGUGGAUCAUCGUCCUCCACCCCCAUAUCUUUAAGUGCCACCCAAACUACUAGAAACACAUCUCCAUUAGUCGUCCAGGGAGGGAAUCAAGAGAAGAGCGUCCAUGUUAGUAGCAAUUCAGGGAUCAGACCACCAUCGUCCACAGGAGGUUCCAUUUCCACAAACCAGCCCACUUUGGAGAAGCCUGCUGUGAACAAUAACAAUUGCCUCAACCUGGAAUUUGUGAAAAAUGAAAGAUUGAACAAAUAUUAUCAGCAGCUUGCGGAUUAUCCUAUUGAUACGUUAAAAAAAAUGAGUGACCGAGAACUUAUAGAUAUGGUGGGCCUGACCAAGGGUGCUCUCACCAAGCUUCGUCGAGUUUUGGCUGGAAUAGAGUCUCCUGCCCCCCACAUCCCUAAUGGCUUCACUAAUCCUUCAUCCAUUGCUUUGCACCCUCGUUCUACACCUCACCCCCAUCAUACCUCAUACAAUCCAUCUCACAAUUCCAUUCAUAAUCAUUCUGUUGCAGCUACUGCUGCUCACACCUCCCUUAACUCACAGUCAACAGUACAUAAUUCUUUACACAGUACAAUGCCAAGCCAUUCAUUGUCAAGCACAUCAAGCGACACACUUAAUACACACUCUUAUUGUCAGACCUCAACUAGUAACACUCAGACAUCUUCCCAAAAUGCAUUACAAAACACUGUGUCAGAAACAAUAAAUACCUGUAGUAAUAAUAAAACCAGCCAGGGUUCUUUGAAUUCUCCAACACCACCAGUAUCAUCCCAUAAAGGAGCUUGUCCUCAAUCAUCAUGCAUCACUGGUAACUCUCCCACUACCACCACAUGUUCUACCCAGACUGUGUCAUCAACCACUUCUGCAGCUACACCUACCAUCACCACCUCCAGCUCUACUUCCACCUCUAUUUCCUCAUCCUCCCUCUCUUCCUCUUCCUUAUCAGGAUCCCCUGCCUCUUUAAAAAUCUCCUCUUCUUCAUCCCCCUCCUCCUCUUCUACCUCCUCCUCCUCUUCUUCUUCCUCUUCCCCCUCCUCUAAUAAUAAUAAAUCUGCUAACACUAUAUCUCCCAGCACAGCUAUAGUGGUGACCACUUCCAGGAGUGUUGUACUGACAACAACGACCACUGCUAACAUUGUUGCCACAACGCAUGUUACUCAGUGCCACUCAAUCACACAUUCACAUAGUCCAAAAGGGGCACCAGUGAUAAUGCAGCAGCCACCUUGUAUUUCUUCUGCAAUUGUUGUCGGUACUUCACCAGCUAAUUCCAUUAGCAUUCAGGGAGCCCAUUCUACUUGCAUCUCUUCUUCUACUACCUCGACUUCUUCCGGCAGUGUCCCUGCUUCUGUUUCUCCUAUUACUCCUGUUCCUCAUUAUAUGACCACUCCUCCACCACCCAUCCACCACAAGACUCCACCACCAUCUGCUGGUUCUGCUAAUAUCCUUGGCCAGCACCACAUAGCCACGCAGCUGCCUCCAGGCCAACAUAGAACUCCUCCGCCUCCACUGUGCCCCCCUCCACGUACACCAUCACGGGAGCCACCCACUCCAAGCACAAGCACUGGGCUCACAAUGAGUAAUGGAGUUCAGCAGGUGUACUACACAUGCAACAAUGGGCAUGGUGGUAAAAGCAAUCCUGGUGUGAGUAGCAGUAAUAUGGGUGUUCCAGCCUCAGCACCCUUAAACAUGACAGGUUACACGGCUCCAGUUGGAAUGACUCUGCCGCAACCAUCUCCUGUAGGUAGUGUUGCCAUGCCUAUAUACACCUCAGCAGGUAACAUGCCAGUUUACACAUCAUCUGGUAGCAUAGGUGUUCCUCCACCAGGGAAUGGAGGGUUGGUACCCAUGGUGCCUCCAGGAGGUCAGUUCCCUCCCGCAUACUUAUAUUCUCCAUUAGGAGCACCUGGAGGUACGCACACUUAUGUACCACCUGGAUAUGCUGCACAGCAUCCCCAUCGGUCCUUUUUUCUGCCACACAUACCACCAAUUGGUCCCAUGGCUCAUUUAAAAGCCACACCACAUCACCAUGGAACAACUAUAAACUCUGGUUAUGGCAGCAGAGGAGGAAGCAGUAGCAGCAGCUGUAGCAGUAGUAGUGGAAGUACACGAGGUUUUCACAAAGGAAACCCAAGAGGACACGGCCAUAUGAAGAAUUGUUCACGGUCUUCAGAUUCAUCACCUUCCUCAUCACAGUAUUCAUCUCCGCCUCAGACACCUAGUCCUGAUCACACAAGAGACAACCAUACAGAUAAAAGAGGGAAAACUCAAGUGGACGGAGUGGAUAUAUGUGAAAAUGGGGACUCGUUAGGUUUGUUGGGAUCGGGUGCUAGUGAGGGGGGGACUCCGCCCCCUUUACACCACCCUCCGAAUCCAAUCCUGCUGCCUCCACAGGCAAACUUAACAAGACAUCGUCUUAUGCCUUACCAUCACCUUGGCUAUGUUAAUUUCCACCAAGGAAUGAUUAGGUACCCAAGUUUACCUUUGCAAACUCAAACACCAGUGGUGGCACCCAGAAAUCCUGUGCCCCUGAAUAGUGACAAGACAAGUCGUGAAACCACACCACCUGCUCCAGGAGCAGUCCCAUUAGUACAACAAGACCCUCAAUGUUGUAUGCGCUCACCAUCUGAAGGCAGCAUGAUUCCCAGCACCUUGACCGGAAAUAAUCUUGGGCGAAAUGGUGGGUCUCCCCACACAGCAGCCUCCCAUCCAGAUGGCCCUCACCCUCCUGGAGCCCACACUCCCGUCCCUAGUGUGGCUUCGGCUCCAACUGCUCAGGUACCUCCUGGCAACUCUUGCUCUGGGGUUCCACACAGCAGUGUACAGUACAAUCCUCCUGGGUACCCUGUGGUCAUGAGUGCACCAAUGUUUCCACAAUUUCCAGGGUUUAUGCCAGCACACAGUUCUGCCCUGUCUAAUGGUUUUGUUUCUUCUCCUUUGCCCCCAAACUUUGCAUUUCCUGCAAUGGGUAAUGGAUUAAAUGCAGCAGAAUUUGUGUAUAGUAGUCAGUAUCCUGUUUUAGGCGGCACCACCCAGGGUGGAGGUGGCCCAGGCACUGCAUGUGGCACCCCAACUGGUAUUGGACCACCCUCCACUCCUGGCCCAGGACUUGCAGCAGGACUGCCCUAUACUCACUACCCUCCCACCAUGCCCCACACGCCCAAUCCGUCCGCUGGUGCCAAGAAGUCUUGCUACAACUGUGGGCAGGUAGGUCACCAUGGUGCUGAGUGUAAAGAGGCAAAUAUUGAAGAGAUGUGCAACGUACCAAAGACUGUCAGGUCUUGAGUACAAAAAUUUUGUGGUGCAAUAAUACAUAUAACCACUUCUUUUGGCAGCAUUUUAGAACAGGUACUCACACCAAAAUAGACAUAGCUGUUGUCUUGUGAGAGUUGAAGAUAUGUUGAUGGUUGUUUACAUUUGCAAUGGUGAGCAUUUUAUUAGUAAAGAGUAGUUAACAAUGACUGUUGAGUCCAGGAAUUAGAGUAUCAACUGUUCUUCAAAAGAAACAUUUUCCAGAUGAAUAUAUUUAUUGUUUCUUGUAAUGGGGCAAGAUGUUGGAAGGCUUGAUGUGACUGAAUGAGUUUGAACACUGAAUGUGAUGUUUAUAUUAAAGAAGAGUUUUGUUUUAUCAGUAAAGUAUUAGAAAACUAUUCAAGCAUUUCUUACAGGUACAGUACACUUAAUUUGUGAUAGUAGAAAUGUAACUGUGUGAGUAUUCAAGAGGCCAAAGAAGAGUUUUUGGUGAGGCCAGUGAUUCAUGACAUAAAGCAAUUGGGCUUUGGCUCAGCAUAACAUAGGAUGGUGCUAAAGGGAGGGUCAAGAGGUCUUGGCACUUCGCUAGUGGAAAAGGGAACAAGGGAUGCAAACGUUUUCUUUAUUGGGGGGUGUAACUACCAGUAGGUUUCUUUUUGUAUGAAUGGAUUUGCAAGGUGUAAAGAUCCCUUAUACCUCCUUUUAGACAAAUCUUGUGCAUUCCAGUGAUAGGUAUUACAGAACUUUAGGUGGAUAAACCCCUGAGUUUUAUGUUAUAUUUACAGUUUAUACUGUAUAAGAUAAUAGAGGAUUUGCAUUUACCAAGAUUCUAAAAUAAUUAUUACUGAAAUUCUAGUGAUUCCUGGACCUGUAUAUAUUUUUGUGUUGCAGGAAUUCAUGUAAUUUAUAAACCAGUUAAUCAAAAGUACCCCAUAUCAAGUAGGCAGUGCCAGGGACCUAUCUCAAUUAUUAUCAGCCAGCCCAUUGAAUUCUAUUUGUUCAUUCAUUUUUAAUAAUAUUUUGUGUGUUUCCUAAAUAGUCCCAAGGAGGAAGUGAGAAGUGAAUAUGUAAUGUCAUUCUAUAAUAAAGGUAUAUCAUUUAAGAUUGAAAGGAAUGACAGAAAACUAUAUUAGGAAAUAAUUAUUGAAAUUGUGCAAUUAAACCUGCACAGGGUGAUGAUUCUUUGGAGAGGUCAUUUUCUGUUGUAAGAGAAGUUACGCCCUGCAAUAAGGCACUCCUGUAAGGUCAGCUGAGAUUAUAUGCAAAGUCAAGGGAUAAAAAAUUUCCCUGACAUUUUAUGAAACAGGGUCCAGAUGUUUGAGCUCACAUUACCUGAUGUUAAUGUUAUGCGAGGCCAUAAUAUUUUCUAAGUCACAUAGUACCCAGUCAUUAUUUACUUAUAUUAGUUUCCUGUGGUGCUUUUUUUUUGUUAAGUCAGUCAUGCUAAGACUGGUUAAGGAUACAUAGCUUUUCAAGACUAAGGCUGCUGUAAUAUGUUGCAAAGUGUUUAACUUCAGCAUCACAGCUAUGAUGUGUGUAGUUCUUGUUUACAGCAGGUAUGUAAGGUUUAGAACAUCUACAACCUGUUCUUUAAAUCUGUAUAUUUUGAAAUGGUUAGAUUUGAGAAGUUUAUGAGGAAUUUAACAUUCUGUUUAGCAAAUUGGCACAAAAUUGGAAUUUUUGGUUGAUGUAGGUUGAUGAGUAGUGGCUUUGUAUUGAAAGAAUAGUGAAAAUGUUGUCUUGGAUCUACUGUAUAGGAGAGUUGUAUUUCAUUGAAUAUUGGAAUAUGAGCAUAUAAUUAUACAAUAAUGGCAGGGUACUCACUUGUUAUUUAAGCAUUGGUAUGAAGGUACCAGUAUAGUUUUAUUGUUGAUAUUAUUCAGUAAUAUUAACAUUGAAAAUUAAAAAAAAAAUUGAAUUUAUAUUUUUCAUCAUUUCACUCAUUAACCCUAUGGGCAAUAGUGGCAUGAAGUUAGGAAACCAGGCAAACUUAAUGGCAAAUCACAGAGAAGUUCACAAUACACAUAUGAAUAGCAUGAUAAACCUAAUUCACAAUGAAGAUGGAAACAGGAACCGAGUUUUCAACUAUAUUUCAAAUUCAUCUUCAGGGAUGUCCUAAUAUGCAAUCAAGAACUCAGUUUUCUGUACAACAUUCAUCUUCUUUGAGAAUUUUAUUUAUUAAUGGCCAAUUUAUAGUUUAGUGCUUAUCUUGUGUGGCCAACUCUGAAACACUCUACAUGUUGGGUAUGAAUUGCACACUCCCAUAAAUGCUUCAGCCCAGUGAUUCACCUUUGACCUCUAUGUAUCCCAAUGUGUAUAAUGAAUUUACAUCAUAAUUGUAUAAAUGCAUGCUGAAAUUGUAUGUUCUAUUCUGAUGAUAUUGUCUUUGACAGUCUUAACUCACCCAAUUGCUAUGGCUCCUUCCAAUUUAUGGUAACCUCUGCUCUGUAGAAGCAGCAGCUUCAUGGAAUUGAACAUCAUUCUUUGAGAGAAUGAAGGUUUUGCCAGGUUAUUUGUUAGGAUUUUGGUUAUACUGUGUCUUUGUAAGGCUUCUCAGUUCUGGUUGCAUUCACAACAAUGGUUGGAAUAUUUUAUAAAUUAUGAUUUACAUUUGGGACACACUAACUAAGUCCAUGAUGGUUUAUGCUUUUCCAAAAUAAAAAAUAGGUAUUAGAAAUAUUGCCCCCAACUGAGCAUAUCUCGACGAGUCCUGCAAAUACUCGUGUCCAUUUAUAACGUGUUUUAUACCAAAAUUACACAUACAUGUGCACAGUAGACCUUAACUGUACAUGUUAAAAUAUACUUGUGUACAGAUGGUGGAAAUCUUGAAAAUUCUAGAGAAAACACAUUUCUAGAGAUUUUAUGUUGUGUAAAACCUCCAGUUUUACGUUCUUUUACUAGUUAAUGAUCCAAAUUAGAAAGUCAUUUAAGAACUUUUAAGUUUGCCUUUGGGGACUCCUCGAGAUCCUGUUUAAUAGGCUUCCGUAAGGCCAUAACUUUUUGACAUAUCAAUGGGUCCUCAAGAGAUCAGUUAAUGGUCACACUUCCUGUUGAUCGUAUUGUAAGAUGUAAUCAGAUUGGAGUUAAGCAAAAUAUAUUUAAUGGUGCAAGUGGCGAUAAUGAAAUGAAGAAAGAGAACCAUUUUAUGCAGUAGCCAUAGAAUUUAAUACAAAUGAAAAUUUCCUCAAUUUCUUCAUUGUGCCUGUAUUUAUAUUUACGGUAUGUUGUGUCUAAUGUAUCUUACUUUGUGAAUGCUUAUCUCUCUCUUGAUACCUGUAUCUUGCCUCACUUUCAAAAUGUUCCUUGUCUAUCUGAAUACAUGGAAGUUCUCAAGGUGAAUGUGUUUUCUUUCUCUCAAAAUACUUGUACCUCUGUCCUCUUUGUGUUUGCCUUUGGUUUCCCAAUUCUGCUGUAUGAAGGCCUGUGAGUAAGGUGAAAUGUGUGAGAGCAAAAUCAUUGAAUAGUUCAGUCUUAAUAUAUUACCUUUUUUGUAGUUACAGUAUUUUUGUUUUGCGAGUGUGCGUUUAAGAAUAGUGAGUGAAAUGCACUAUUCAUUGGUUUUCCUCUAAACAAAAUUAAGUUGCACAUGAAGAAAUAUGGAAGUUUGGAUUUGGUCAUGUUAUUUAAACCUUUAACAUGGAUAUUGUUGAAUUUUAUUUCUGUGUUGACCAGUAAAUAAUGUAAUGUGAUUCAAAGCCAUACAGACUUUUAUUUCCAAAUAUUUUCAAGGAAUUUUUGUUUGCCAUCUUACAAGAGUUGUGAAAGGGGCACUAAUUAAAUAAUUUCUCCCUGUCCAGUUUUUUUUUUUCGUAACAGUAGAUCUGAAACUAGACAAUAUAUGAAGCAUAAAAAGUGAUCCUUUCAAUUGGUUAAUAUAUAUAUACAGUAUAUAUAUAUAUAUAUAUAUAUAUAUAUAUAUAUAUAUAUAUAUAUAUAUAUAUAUAUAUAUAUAUAUAUAUAUAUAUAUAUAUAUAUAUACACACGAGUACUUGUCACUAAUAGUGGUGUUUUUUGGUCAUUACAGUAAUUUUAUGAUGGUUUCAAAGUGAAAAUUCACAUCAUGUAGUAUUAAAUGUGGAAAUCACCAAUAUCCAGUCAGAGAGACAGCUUAGAAGGUAAUGUGGUAAACCACUUAUUUAACUUGUUUGAACUCCAACUAGGAUUGCUGAUACUGGACACUUUCAUGUAACAUUUAUAUUUUACACCUUUUAUAUAGAUUGCCAUACCGUUAAAUGUUUGAAGGCUGAAUUGAAUAUGUUUGUUGACAUGUUAAUGUCUUUUAAAAAUAUUUUCUCCCUAAGUUAAUAAGUGAAUGACUGUAUGUAUCUCAGAUAAAUUCAGGUGUUCAUUCAAUAUUGUCAUAUAUCUUUCAAUGCAAUACUGAUCUGACUAAAUGACCAGUAUAGUUAUAUGAUGUAUUAGUAGGAGCAGCAUAUGCAGUGCAUACCCAAGGUUUCCUGAGUUACGGUACUGUGUAAAUCAUGUGAAUGUUAGUAAAUAUUUAUAUACGUAUAUGUAUAUGAAGCUAUGGCAGCUGAUCUCUUAAUAAUAAUGACCAAAGUUAUAUAAUUUAUGUGAUGGGUAAGCAUGAAUGUGGGUUUGCUGAAGUUUUGGAGAUUCAGUUUGCCAACAGAGCUAUAAGAUUUAUUAAGUUUUCAUUUAGGAAGCAAUAAGGCUGUAUUAACCAAAUUUUAUCUAAAAAAAAUAUAAGGGGUUGUUUUUAUUUCUGCCUUAUAGAUGGUAGUGGUUAACAAAGGAUUAAUAAAAUAUUGAAUUUUAAUAUUUCUUGGAAUUUUAAAUGAAAUUCCCUUAGAGUCCUAUACUUUAUUAUUAUACAUUGCAAGCCUAUGUUUUCCUGUGUGCCAUUCCAUAAAAUCUGAUGAGCAGCAACAGUUAUUUCUUUAUCUGCAGGAAAUGGUAACCUUCACAGAUAGUGAAGUUUGUUGGUGAAUUACCAUAAGUCUUAUUCCUUAGAUGCAGCUGUUGUGGUAGGGCUCCAGUCCUCAGCCUUCCCCUUUUUAAUGUAACUUAAAUAUGGUUGUUAAUAAGCAUUUAGUAUAUUGUUUUUUCUUGAUGCAAUACUAUUUCUAAGGGUUUUUGCAGUUACAGUGAGGAUUUAUUUGAUAUUUUCUGCCAUAUUACGUAGCCAUUAUUCAGGUUAUAUAUUUUAUGAGAUUGUUUUAUUUUAUAGAAUUUAUGCUUGUGUAUUACUUCUGUUCUUCACCAAAAUGUUUGUGCUCAAGCUUUAGAUAUGCUAAGUUAGUGUAACAAAUAUUUUUGUGAUACCAGUUGGGUUUUUGAAGCCUUUUUUUGGUAAUGGUUCAUUACCCUUGUGUAUCACCAGUUAAGCCACAUAUUUUUUGUAAGAAAUCUAAUAACUACUCUCAUUUGUUACUUUCUGCUGCUCUUUGUAUCCUUCACAAGUGCUCUGGCUAUGCAAGAAAUACUCAUGAAUAACUUAACCAACUCAAAGUUGGUCACAAGUUUUAUUACUCAAAUAAAGAUGGGCGGGCAAGUAAUCUAUUGAUUGUACAGAAGUAAUGUAAAAAAAAAAAAAAAAAUUCUGACUGACAGCAGACAGUAGUGAGAGGUUUAGUAUUUUCUUGUAUCUUUAUGAAAAUGUUUGUAAUGGCAGUGUUGUUUUAGCAGAGAUAUGAUUUGCAGAUAUCAAAUGCAUCAAAUUCUCUUUUCAAAGUAAAUGAGUCAUUCCUUUUAGCAGCAACUAUAUGUUAUUAUGAACUGUGUGUAAUUUAUAUAUUUUCCUACAUACCUGUUCACACACACAUGCACACAUGCACACACAGUGUACCAUGUGGUUCAUGGACACCCAGAAAAAUUAAGUGGUUAGUAUUUGUUGGUAGCUAAAUCAUGAUACAUUUUAUCUGUAGUGAUUUUGUCAACAUGUUAGUUUGAAAUAUGUUGAAUAUGCAUUGUUAUUGCAAGAUCUUGAAUAAUGCUGUAAUAUAUUUCAUGUUUGUAACAUUAUCUGACAAAUAUGUACUGAAUCAAAAAAUAUAUUUUUUCUUUAUGACAAGAAAAUCUACACUAUGUGACAAUAUAUGUGUUUGUACUAAAGUAUGUGUAUGUGCCUUCUAGUAAAUUGUGUGCUUGCAGGUGAAUGGGCAGUGUAGAUUUGGGUGUGAAUGCAUGCAUGUGUGUGUGUGUGAAUAGGGACAGUAGGCAUACUCUUUUGUUCAUACACAAAACAUGCAGUAUGCAUUCACAUGCACACACAUACAUACACAAGAAAAUACCACUGAAGUUUAUAUUUGGGAUUGGAAUUAUACUGAAGUUACAUGGACCCUGGGCCAUAAUCCUUGUAUUCCAGUUGAUCUUGAAUAGUAAAGCAUGGUAAGGUGAGGGAUUGUGCAUCACGUUCCAGCGCUUGCCAAGGUCUUUGUCCACUUUAUAAUGAAUGUAGUGUCAAAGUCUCACAAAAAUUGCUUACAGUACCCCUGCUGUCCAGUUUAGUCACAACUAGUCAUGUGGUAGUGGGCAAUUAAUGGGAUUUUUUUUUUCAUGGGGAUAAACAAAUAAUGAAACAGGCAGAUCCUUGUAUUAACUUGCUAUUUUAUGAAAAGUUUUGUAGUGUGAAGGUCCAAGGUGUCACCAGUAUAUAAUGUGUAUUUUAAACAAAUUUAGAAUAUCUACUUUUUUGUAUUACAAGAAAACUGAAAUUCUCGAGCAAAGAAGUACAGGUCCUCAAACACGGCUUAUUAGAGAGAGGCACUUUUCCAGUAUUUAUUGUAAGCAUUGACAUUAAAUAUGGAGGCAAUGUUAUUAGACUGGUAAACUAUGAAUAUUUUUAAAAUUGCACAAAACUUUAGAACUGUAGCUGAAAACUUGGGAGAUAAAAUGAGUUAUUGUCCUUCCCCCCCCCUAACAAAAAAGAGCAAAUUGCCCCAGGGUAUACUUUUCACUUUAAGUAAUGCAUGGGGGUGGGGGGGGGGUGUAUCUUUAGACAUGUCAUGAUAAUGGAAUCUCUGAAAAGUCCUGGAUUAGUGGGAAUCAACCUCAAUUUUUUAACUGGUAAUAAUAGUUCAUAUUGUAGUGAAUUGUUUUUAUUUUGAUGCAGAACAGAAUUAAUAAUUUCAGUAUUAUUACAACUUCAAAAUAAGACACCCAGUACAGUAUGAGCAAAUACUGAGAAAUUUGUUUUCACAUAUGGCAAUCAUACAUUUAUCUAUGAAAGGUUUAGUAAUUUUGUUUUGAGUUAAAAAAAAGUUUAAAGGUCCUUAGGAGUGUUCUUGCCAUAGAUAUGCUGUUGGAAAAGGACUGAUUAUUUUUUUAGUCGUACAGUAUGUCAUAACACUUGUUUGUGAUGCAGCAUCCAAAAUGGCAGUUAUUAAGCUGAUAUUAGUGUAGCAAACCAAGUGAUACUUAAAAGCUGUGUGAGACAUGCAAUGCUGAUGUUCCUUGGCUGACAUUUGGUGCAAAUGUUUUCUGCUGUGGAGGGUUGGUAUCUUUUGUACAUUUGUAUAUAUAUGAAAACUGUUGCUAUGUUUUCUUGUCAACAUGAAAGUCACAAAGUUUGAGGUAUAUUUCUAGUAGAAAAUUUAUUGUAAAUAUUUUAUGCAAAUAUGCGUCGUCUUCAGUCAUGAAACAUUGGUAAAAAAUAAAGGUGUUACCGUACA